AUGGUCCUAGAUACAAAUACUUCAACAAUUCAAAAAAAGGAUAUUCAAAAUGUAAAAGAAAAGAUAAUGAAUUUUAAUGAAAACUAUAUUAUUAUUUCUUAUUUAUAUAAAUUAAAACCAGAAUCGAUUUGUGAACCUUUAAAUGGAGAUUAUGGAACUCCAUCUUUUCAUGAUAAUCAGGUUGUUGUCUAUAACUAUAGUUGUAGGGUUGUCAACCCAAGAUAUAUUCAUCAUCUCUUCUCGCAGCCAAUCAGAGUAACCACCAACGAAAAAAAUCUUUUUAAUGAGUGCUCAUGUAUAAGUGGUCAUGAACACAAUGGUCAAUAUAUCAGUGGUAUAGAAAUUAAAAUUAGAGGUUAUUCCAAUCAAUUCAUCUAUAUCAAUGCAAUGUCAUAUCAUUACAACUUUGGACAGUGUCAUCUGAAAACUAUCUAUUCUGAUAGACCUUUACAGAUUAAUGAUACCUUUACCCAGAUAUUGAUACUUGAAGAACCAAGCGAUCACUAUAUAGAUUGGAUAUUGGGUGGAAUAUCACUUGCUCUGGGAAGUAUGAUUAUAUUUUGUUAUAAUAAAUAA